AUGCUGGUCCUUGCGCUGGUAGCGCGCGGCAGCGAUGUCCUCGUCGAGUCGCAUGACCCGGAACACGAGCGCUUUCUAACUGCCGCCACCGCGAUCCUCGCGAAGAUCGACCCGGCCACGGCGCCGCGCCUCUCGUACGCCUACGAGCAGUGGCUCUUCCACUACAUGGCGGACGACGACGGCCUCGUGUUCCUUGCUGUGGCAGACGCCGCAAUGGGUCGUCGCGUGCCAUUUGCGUUCCUUGCGGAAAUGCAGAAGGCGUACCGCGCGACGCCCGGGGCGCCCGGCGCGUUUCAAGCGCCCCUCGAUGCCCUGCGGCGCGAGUGCCACGCCGAUCCCGACGCUGACCCCAUCAAACGCGCACAGACCGAACUAGGCAGCGUCAAGGACGUCAUCACACGCAAUGUUGAGCAAAUUUUGAGCCGCGGCGAGCAGAUCGAGCUGCUGAUGGACCGCACCGACUCGGCCGCCAGCCAAAGUCUCGCGUUCCGCCGCCGCGCGGUGAGCCUCCGUCGCGAAAUGUGGUGGCGCAACACGCGCAUACUUGCCCUUGUCGGCGUGUGCGCGCUGGCCCUUUUGCUGUUCCUAUACCAUGCUCUAUUUUCAUAG